CACAAUUCAUCCCGAUUCCUCCCAUAUUCAUUGGUCAUAUUCUAAACCAGUAAAUAUGCACCUCACCUUGAUCUUUGCUGUUGCUUUCUUUACAAUUUCUCCUGCGUUGGCUAGGGCCGACCCGCCAAAUUUUCUUACUGAUUGCCUCUUCGAGUGUGAAACUGAACCCUUUGACUGCCCUCCUCACCUUAACUCACACCAUGUUGAUAACUGCUGGACCUGCUGCCAUGCCACCUAAUUGGGGGUAAAGAAGAGGAGCCAAUGUACCUUUCUCAUAUGGGCCGUGGUGGACUGCAACAGAUUCCUUCCGUGUACUUGGGGUGGUAAUGCUGGUAGCUAGUACGGAGUAGCUUGUCGAGAUAUACGAUGUGAUAGAGGUUACUCACAAAGCACGAAAAGAGUCAUGGUGACUUUUGUAGCUGAGUGGUAUCUCUUUUCGGCACCAUAUCAUUGUACGCAGUAGGUAGUAUACCAUACUA